AUGCUGCCCAACGCAACCAAACAGUCUGACACAGACCUACGCACGCGUGACGCAACUGUACCCACAACCCCCGAGCAGCAACGUGGCGGUCUCCCCGCAUGGGCCCUUGAGAUUAAGCACCCGGAGGGAGAUGCUUGCCGAGAGAUUCAAGCCAUUCGCCGUGCCAGCUUGUCCAACAACCGGAGCCGGAUGAGCAACAGCCCUAGCGUGGGCAGUCCUUGCGGUGUGGCCGGUGCUGCGACCGGUUCGGCUAAGCGUGUGGCUGUUGUUGGCCGCCUGAAAACCGGUUCGGUCGAGAAACCCUUCUUCACCUACCCCGUCACAAAAGCCGACCAGGCUUGUUGCCCUGUGCAUGCUGCCCGCAAAGCCGACCAGGACGAUGACAACGACGACUCCAGCUCCGAUGAAAGCAUCCUCGCUCUUAUCGCCGCCAUUAGACAGAACAAGCGCUGCAACAUUGGCUUUUCUCCCUCCCCCGGCCCUGUCAAUCCUGGGAUUGAAGCCUUCACUCAUCUGGUUCAAAGCAGCCCCCUUCCUUCACACAAGAGUAACCCAUCCCAGGGCCUGCCCCCGCUCGCCCUGACAGAGAUCAACGGCCAGGCAACACUCUUCACGCCCAGGGAACCUCUUUUCCCUUCGUCACCUUCUCUGCCCAUUUCUAUGUCGAUUUCGUCUGCGGUCCAUUGGUCUUCACCACGCUUCGACAACGUCAGCCGCAGGCUAUUCACAGCAAAGGAAUUUUCUGGGUCUUCGCCGCCUGAGUUCAGACGGAGUGGUAUUCAUCUGCGUGAGAAUCCAGACAAGAUGGAUGUCAACAAGGAGAGUUCUGGCCCCGACAAUAGAGCUAACGAAAUCCACGUGAGCACCGGCAUGAGGAUUCACUUCACUGGUGGCGUGGCUACGGUCCAGCUGUCGCAACCGGAGCAAUCUCAGAUUUCCCGGGCGCAGGACCAGGUUGCCCAGCUCGCUGUUGUUUCCAGCAACCAACAGUGGGCCAAUAUUCAAACCCAACCGGCGCAGACACCCUCUGUGGCUGCUCAGGUCAAGCAGCCUAUUCAUGCAGUCGACGACCAGACUGUGCAGGCAGCACAACCCGCGGCUCUACCUGUUCAAGAUCCCCAGUCAGCUUCUGAAAACAAGGAUACUGACAAAGAAUUUGACAACAAUACCACAGGCGAAGAGCCUGCCGAUGUAGUUGAAGAGGACGAGGAGUACAACCCAGCAAUUGACAUCCUUCUUGCAGACAUACGCAAUCUUCAGUGUUCCGAGGCCUACAAAAUUCCCAGGGCCAUUUUGACCGCUGCUGCGCAACUUGCACCCCUCAAAGAUGGUACCGACAAACUUGAUGCUGAGGCACAAGUUUUGGAUUUCAACCCCAAUCUGGACGAUGCUAAUCACCUCAUCGCCGCUCAAAACCUUCUCAACAAGCGCUCCGUCCAUCCGGACCAGCUGCCCCUAGCUGACUUGGGCCCUGAGACCUUCAACGACCCAAACUUCUUCAACUCCCUCCCUAUCGGGCUGCCCCUCCCCGAUCUCCCCGCCGCCCAGGCCUCGCAAAAAGCAGGUCUCACCUUGGGCGACCCAUCUGUCCUCGACCAACUGGAGCCAAUCCAUGUCGACUUGCUCAGCCUGCUCAGCCCUGACAAUUUAGACCAGCCGAUGAUCGAUCUCGAGGAGGCCGUGCAGGGCAACAAGUAUCCCGUGAUAAUGGACCCGGCAAAAGGUCAUGGAUACGUGUGGUUGCCGCGGGACAAGGAAGGACGAUCUGAGCCCGGGUGGAGGAAGUGGCCUUGGGAUCCUUUGUUGCCGCCAGUCCUAGGCCAAGGAUGCGCCCCCACUGGCGCCGUCGCCCUGCCUCAUCCAUGCAACGCAGACUCAGCCCUCCCCUUCUACAUGCAAGCACUCUUCUACGGCCAGUCGAUCAACAACAAGUUGUUUGACUCGACUGUCACCCGUCUGAACAACCUCCGCGAAGUCGUCGGUGCGAGCGCGCCCUCUUAG